CCUUAGAAGCCCACUUUAGCCCUAGUUUCGCUCAUCCCAAUCGUCUAUUUAAAGAGUCGCAGGGUUCCAUUCAGCGUCCUAAGCCGCCACUCUGCUGCACAGGGAGAGUCGAGGAUCCUGAAAAAUCAUUUGCAGUCAUGGUGAAGUAUUCGAGGGACCCUUCCAAUCCAACCAAGUCUGCUAAGGCUAUGGGUCAUGACUUGAGGGUUCACUUCAAGAACACCCGUGAAACCGCACAGGCGAUUAGGAAACUACCUCUAUCAAAGGCGAAAAGAUAUUUGAACGACGUCAUUGCUCAUAAGCAGGCUAUUCCCUUCCGGAGGUUUUGUCGUGGAGUAGGCCGAACUGCUCAGGCCAAGGGCAGGCACCCGAAUGGGCAGGGUCGUUGGCCUGUGAAAUCAGCUGGAUUCAUUUUAGAUCUCCUAAAGAAUGCUGAAAGCAAUGCAGAGGUCAAGGGCUUGGAUAUUGACUCACUCUUCAUUUCACACAUACAAGUUAACCAGGCCCAGAAGCAGAGGCGCAGGACGUACCGUGCUCACGGUAGAAUCAACCCCUAUAUGUCCUCUCCUUGCCAUAUUGAACUUAUAUUGUCUGAGAAGGAAGAGUCAGUCAAAAAAGAGCCUGAGACCCAGCUCGCCACCAGCAAAUCCCGGAAAGCUUAGCCAAUUAGAAGCGAGACAUCUCCACAGGCAUAGCUUUUGGUUUACUGGAUGCUAAUAUUACUUGCUUGUCAUUUUGGUAUUUGAAGCAUUUACUUGGGCAUGUAACAAAUCAUUAUCAAAUUGCUUUUGUGCUCGAUGAGUUUGUUCUAGCUACUCUUUUCAAUGGGAAAACUUCUAUUA